UCAUGGACUGGUCUGUAUGUGUCAGUGCAGACGGGGAUAUUAUUGGCGCAGGCCGAGACGGGAAGCUACGGUUACGAUAAGUGGCCCUGGCAGACUUAUUUCCUGUAUCGUUUUUUACUGAGUUAAUUACUGUUUCGCGUGUUUAAAGGGCUGCCAGUCGUUUCAGGGGCUCUGGGGUUUUCAUUUACGUUAGCUAGCUAGCUUACCAGGUAGGCUGUCACUUCUGACUGGCUUACAGUGGGGUCUGAGUCCGUACUCCGCCUGAGACGCUGGAACACCGCAGCAGUCGGACCUGCAUGGGGACGGGGAGUGCCCGGCCAGUUUCUCCGAUCCGUCCUAACCGAAGGCGGACGCAAAGCGACGGUCGUCAGCGCUGAGAAAGGGACCGAUGUAGUGCUGUCGAAACGGGUGUGUGACACAAAACCACCCUGCUAGUUAGCUAGCUAGCUUGCUAACAGAAGUCGCGGCGUUGUUAUUUUGAUUGUCCUGGGGUACCGUGCCCCGCUUUGCUGACGAGAGUAAGGCUGUCAGCUUGCUAGCUAGCUAACUAACACCACCACCAUGCACGACGCCUACGAACCAGUGCCCAUUCUGGAGAAACUGCCGCUUCAGAUCGACUGCCUGGCGGCCUGGGAGGACUGGCUUCUUGUCGGGACCAAACCCGGCCAUCUCCUGCUCUACCGCAUCAGAAAGGAUGCAGCAAGUAACAGGUUUGAAGUGACUCUGGAGAAAUCCAACAAGAAUUUCUCCAAGAAAAUUCAGCAGCUCUAUGUGGUGUCACAGUACAAGAUCCUCGUCAGUCUUCUUGAGAACAACAUUCAUGUCCAUGACCUCCUGACCUUUCAGCAGAUCACUGUAGUGUCCAAGGCUAAGGGAGCUACACUCUUUGCGUGUGACCUGCAGCAGUCCAACUCAGGAGAGGCCAAACUGAGGAUGUGUGUGGCUGUGAAGAAGAAGCUUCAGCUGUAUUACUGGAAGGACCGGGAGUUUCAUGAGCUGCAGGGGGACUUUGCUGCACCAGACAUUCCAAAAUCAAUGGCCUGGUGUGAGAACUCUAUCUGUGUUGGCUUCAAACGAGACUACUACCUGAUUCGGAUGGAUGGGCGUGGAUCAAUCAAAGAGCUGUUCCCCACGGGGAAGCAGCUGGAGCCCCUGGUCGCUCCCUUGGCUGAUGGGAAAGUGGCAGUAGGUCAGGACGACCUCACCGUAGUCCUGAACGAGGAAGGCGUCUGCACCCAAAAGUGCGCCCUCAACUGGACAGACAUCCCCAUUGCAAUGGAGCACCAGCCCCCCUACAUCAUCGCGGUGCUCCCUCGCUAUGUGGAGAUCCGCACCUUCGAGCCCAGACUGCUGGUGCAGAGUGUGGAGUUACAGAGACCUCGCUUUGUCACCUCUGCUGGGCCCAAUAUCGUGUACGUUGCCAGCAACCAUUUUGUGUGGCGCCUUGUGCCUGUCUCCAUAGCGACCCAGAUCCGGCAGCUCCUACAGGACAAACAAUUUGAAUUGGCCCUGCAGCUGGCGAAGAUGAAGGAUGAUUCAGACGGUGACAAGAGGCAGCAGAUCCACCACAUCCAGAACCUGUACGCCUUCAACCUCUUCUGCCAGAAGAGAUUUGACGACUCAAUGCAGGUGUUUGCGAAGCUGGGCACAGACCCGACCCACGUGAUUGGGCUGUACCCGGACCUCCUGCCGUCAGAUUACCGAAAACAGCUGCACUACCCCAACCCCCUGCCCACGCUUUCUGGCGCUGAGCUGGAGAAGGCCCACCUGGCGCUCAUUGACUACCUGACACAGAAACGCAGUCACCUCGUGAAGCAGCUGAACGACUCCGAUCCCUCUACCACUUCCCCGCUCAUGGAGGGCACGCCCACCAUUAAGAGCCGCAAGAAGCUGCUGCAGAUCAUUGACACCACACUGCUGAAGUGCUACCUGCAUACCAAUGUGGCCCUGGUGUCGCCCCUCUUACGGCUGGAGAAUAACCACUGCCACAUUGAGGAAAGCGAGUAUGUGCUGAAGAAGGCCCACAAGUACAGCGAGCUCAUCAUCCUCUAUGAGAAAAAGGGCCUUCACCAGAAAGCCCUCCAGGUGUUGCUGGAUCAGUCCACCAAGGCAAACUCCCCACUGAAGGGUCAUGAGCGGACUGUGCAGUACCUCCAGAGACUCGGGAUGGAGAACCUGGGAAUCAUCUUUGAGUUCUCUCCCUGGGUGCUGAAGACCUGCCCAGAGGAUGGCCUGAAGAUCUUCACUGAGGACUUACCAGAGGUUGAGACCCUGCCCAGGGACAAGGUGCUGAACUUCUUGAAGGAGCUAUUCAAGGAGCUGGCAGUGCCAUACCUGGAGCAUAUCAUUCAUGUGUGGAACGAGACAGACCCCGAAUUCCACAAUGUUCUCAUCCAGCUCUACCUGGAGAAGGUGCAGGGGCUGAUGAAGGAGUACCUCAACUCUCUGCCCGAGGGUGAACCCCCAGUGGCUGCAGGGAAGGAGGAGGGGGAGCUAGGGGAGGUCAGGAACAAGCUCCUAAGUUUUCUGGAAAUUUCCACCAGCUACGAGCCGGCGAGACUCAUCAGUGACUUCCCCUUUGAUGGUCUGCUGGAGGAGCGGGCCCUGCUUCUGGGCCGGAUGGGGAAGCACGAGCAGGCCCUCUUCAUCUACGUGCACAUUCUGAAAGACACCCGCAUGGCCGAGGAGUACUGUCACCGGCAUUAUGACAGACAGACCGAUGGGAACAAAGAUGUGUAUCUGUCGCUGCUGCGCAUGUACCUGUCCCCCCCUGAUGUUCACUGCCUGGGGCCAAUCAAGAUGGAGCUGACUGAGCCCCAGGCCAAUCUGCACGCAGCGCUGCAGGUGCUGGAGCUGCAUCACAGCAAGCUCAACACCACCAAGGCCAUAAACCUGCUCCCAGCCAAUACACAGAUCCACGAGAUCAGGGUGUUCCUGGAGAGCGUGCUGGAGGAGAAGGCCCAGAAGAAGCGCUUCGAUCAGGUGCUGAAGAGCCUGCUGCAGGCUGAGUUUUUGCGGGUUCAAGAAGAGCGGAUCUUCCACCAGCAGGUGAAGUGUAUCAUCACAGAGGAGAAGACCUGCCGUGUUUGCAAGAAAAAGAUUGGGAACAGUGCAUUCGCCAGGUACCCCAAUGGUGUGGUAGUGCAUUAUUUCUGCUGCAAGGACCGCAACACGUGCCCCACUGAACUGUGACACGCCCAGUGACUCGGAGCAUUCUGGGAUAUAUGCGUCUCAAGCCUCCGCUUGUCAAAAAAAAAAAAGGCUUCCCCCCAGCGAACUCCAUUCACAUGGGACAUGCUUUGCAGCCAGCCAUUGGUGAAUCGUGCAUGCGUGAGCUCAGAGGCUGGAACCGUUGCUGGAGACUCCUCCCCCCAGUCUGGAACUGCUAUUGGAGACUCCUCCCCCACUCUGGAACUGAGGUUGGAGACUCCUCCCCCACUCUGGAACUGAGGUUGGAGACUCCUUCUCCCAGUGUGGAACUGAAGUUGGAGACUCCUUCUCCCAGUGUGGAACUGAGGUUGGAGACUCCCCAGUCUCCCACCCAUCGCCGCACACUGGUCUCUCACCGCAGAGUGACACGGGAUACGCACACAUCUCCAUUACCGCUAAGAGUCCGGAUUGAGAGGUGGUAGUUUCUUUUUUGAAGAGGCCAUAAAGGUCACAAGGACAUUGCUCUGAAAUGGCUCUUUUUUCCCCUGUGUAUCAGUCCAGAGGGAGAGAGGGAAGCUCCUCUUGCAGAGUUGACACACCGCUGCUACUCUACCUGUCUCUCUCUCCCUCCAGCACAACAUGCCCCUCCUUAUCCCACUCCAGAGGGCAGGAAUGCCGCUGUAUGGCCGGGAUUCUUUAGGACUAUGCCAUUCAUCUCAUGUUAAUUUCCUUUGUUUUUGUUCGCUUUUGUGCUUUAAAGCAAUUCAAUGACUGUUUACCUGGUGUGAUAUGAAGGGUAAAGGACAUGUUAUUUGGAGUCACUUUCUGCCUUUGAAUUUCAUAUGGUUGAGUUGGCAUAGAGAUUUUUAAGAGAACCAAGCACACAGGGAGAUGGGUAAAAGGUAUAUACUGUUCAAUUCAUAAACUAUCUUGAAUUUUCAUUUCUCUCAGAUCAUCUUCGGGUCAUAAAAUAUUGAACGUGGGCUGUGUUUUUAUUUUUUCCUAGCCCACACUGGCCCUGAAAGAGGCCAUUGUUGGGAUGCACAUCUGUCUAGCCCAAUGUUUUCCCAUCUCAGGUCACCUGGUAAUUAUUUCAUUACAUGUAAGGUUUAACAUUUUCAAACUACUUCAUUUGUUUGUG